AUGCACAAGGUCAAUCGGACUUUCGGGUUCGAUGGCCCCUGCCCAAGAUGGUAUCUCUAUUUGGAAGGAGCAUCAAGUUACCCCUCAGAUCCUGGGGAGCGUGUGAAGAAGACGUCGAAGCACAACCUAUCAAUCGUUCUUGAAGAGAGAGCCGGAAAAGCCCAACCAAUAGUCAGGGAACUAGAAGCUGAAACACCUUCCUCGGAUAGAUCAAGCAUGUGCUUCUACAACCAAAAGCGGUUCGCAUGUGGAGACUGGAGCUGGACUAGCUUCGCCCACCAGUGCAAUUAUGAGUAUCGAACCGGAGAAACCUGCGGCAUGAGACUCGUCAACGUCACUGAGUUUGAGCCCACGAAGUGCCGUCUCUGCGAAAAGAUUGAGACGAAACAUCGCCGUCGAGUUGCAGAACUAGAGAGGUUGGAAAGAUGGAAGCGCGAGGGGGGUACCCUGGUAGCAUCCAUGGACCGAUCACGAAAGGUCAUCAUGGAACUUGAUAAAGAAAUCCGCCAGCUGCAGAAUGAACGGGAAACCCGGAGGAAAGCGCUUGGCUGA